AUGGGGGACGGAAAUCCGGCCUCAUCUGAUGUUGCGCCGCCGAUGAAACCCACUGCUACUACGGAAUCGCCGCCACUGAUGCUCACCACCACUGAAGUUGAUUCGCCUCGGAUUGUUGAAGAUGAUCUGCCAGAAAAAGAUCGCCACUCUGUUGCUAACGAUCAAGGAGCUGCGCUGACUGAUCUACGCAUCAUCGGUGAUGACGCUGUUUCUCCAGUGGCAGCCGCGGAGAAUCAUCAUCUCAUCCCCAUCCAAUUACUGACAAACGCUGCUUCUCCGUUGAAAUCUUCAUCAACGGCUGCAGCGUCACGGUCAAAACCAAACCCAAGGGAGUCGCCGAACCAGAGACUUCAAUGGAAGCCGCUGAUCAUCAUUUCGUCACCGUCCAAUUGCCGUCAAACGUUGCUACUCCGUCAGACACGGUGA